CAAUCAUCUACACCUGCAAAGCUCGCCCCACCCACGACAGCAAGCCCAUCAACAUCCAUCUUUGAUCCCAUCCUCUCUGUCUCUCCUGAGUUGUGAUAUCAACUCACGCCCGCACCUGAAACCGAACAGAUCGUACCGCCUCGACCCGACCGCCAAUAUGCCACCACAGAUUAAACAGGACCUGAACCGCUCUGGUUGGGAGUCCACCGAUUUUCCUUCCGUCUGCGAAUCAUGCCUACCCGAGAACCCCUAUGUUAAAAUGCUCAAGGAGGAUUACGGCGCCGAGUGCAAGCUGUGCUCCCGUCCCUUCACCAUUUUUAGCUGGUCCGCCGACCGCGCCCACGGCCGCAAGAAGCGCACGAGCAUCUGUCUCACCUGCGCCCGCCUCAAGAACUGCUGCCAGAGCUGUAUGCUGGACCUGUCAUUCGGCCUCCCCAUCGUCGUGCGCGACGCUGCGCUGAAGAUGGUCGCGCCUGGCCCCCAGAGCGAGAUCAACCGCGAGUUCUUUGCGCAGAACAACGAGAGGGCCAUCGAGGAGGGGCGAGGGGGCGUCGAAGAGUACGAGAAAACAGACGAGAAGGCGAGGGAGCUGCUGAGGAAGCUGGCACAAAGCAAGCCGUACUUUCGUAAGGGCAGGACCAUCGAUGGGGAUGGGCAUCCAACAGGCGAGAGCUCCAGGAGCGCUACCGGGGGCAACGCUGCUGUCGGCGCAGGCAUGGGAGGUGCGGGGCCGAUCAGGACCAGAGACUCGAGGGCAGCUGGUGCGAUGGGUGCGAGGUCUGGGGGCGGGGGAAGACCGGGUGGUUCGAGGAAAGGCGCGUUUCCUUCUACAGCACAACUUCCUCCUGGUCCCAAGGAUUGGCAGCCCCCGUCGGACAAGAACAUCAUGUCGCUGUUUGUCACGGGCAUCGAGGACGACCUGCCAGAGUACAAGAUCCGGGACUUCUUCAAGGCGUUUGGCAAGUUGAAAUCACUGGUUUGCUCCCACAUGUCACACUGCGCUUUCAUCAACUACGAGACAAGAGAGGCUGCCGAGAAGGCCUCCGAGGAGUGCAAGGGGAGGGCGGUUAUCGCCGGCUGCCCCCUGCGCGUGCGAUGGAGCCAGCCUAAGGUUGUGGGCACGAUGAACCGGGAGGAGAGGCUAGAGAUGCUGAGGGAUGGUCGCUCAGCGUUCCCCCAACCUAGGAGACAACACGGUGGGCAGAGAGCAACAACCGAGGACGGCAGUGCGCAGCAGGAGGAGCCGGUGGCCGCCCCUCCCGGUGCUGUGGAUAUCAACUACGCCAGUCUGGCAGGCAAUUGAGAGGUGUUGUUUCGUAAGACGCAAAUUCUCUUCACAUCGGCGUUUUGGGCGUUUGGAAAGGGGGCUGGCGACAGACCGAUACCAUACCAUGCACAGCGAGAAGGUUCGGAGCAUUUCAGGAAACAUUCGGUGUCUCAUUCAAGUCUUCAGAAGUCUUAAGCAGAGGGGUAUCAUUUCGUUGGGGGGGCAAUUCUUCUCUAGCCAUUGUAAUCUUACAGUUAACCCGCC